UCGUUGGCAACCAGGACGCGCCGCGCAUGGACGCAGGCGCGCGCGGUAUCGCGAGCAUCUCUGCGCUGUCGCUUGUCUAUCCGGCAUAUUGACAGUAUCCGGAUAUAGAAUUUUAGCCAAUCCAAACAACGCUCGUAGCCCGACGAGAUGCUGCCCGAGGUCGAGCACGACGUGUCGGUCCCGACCGAAGCCGAGAUGGAAGACCUCACGCUGUCGCCGACAAGGGACCUGCAGUCGCUCAUACCAUUGGACUCGAGCUCAGUGAAGAGGACGGUAAAGCCGCCGCCGGUGCUGACGCUGCGCCCAAUGAACAAGGACGUCAUGUACGGCGCGCUCUUUGGCAUGCAGUGCCUCAUCACGAUGAUUCUGGUCGUCGCGAGCCCUACGUACUCGCAACCGCGGCCCGACGGUGUCCCGUACAUUGGCGCCAUGGUCAUCGUCGGCACGAUCUACGGCCUCAUCUGGGUGGCGUUCUUCUUUGCCGCGCCGAAAGACCUCUACAUCCGCGUCUCCACGACGCUUUCGUUCGCCGGCAUGGCGCCCAUGGCGCUGGUCCUCCUUGUGAGCCCGACGUGGACCGGCUUCUUUGUGAGCCUUGGCGUGCUUGCGCUCGCGUUCUCGGACUUUAUUUGGACGCGCAAGAACAAGCUCGGCUUCGACUUUGUCGCCGUCGUCUUUGAGCUCGUGGCCGAAAUGCUGCAAGCGUCACCAGCCGUGAUCGCUGUCUCGGGCGUGAUCCUCCUCGUUUCAAGCAUGUGGUCGUAUUGGUGCUGCCAGCUUCUCUCGAACGUCGGCGAGGACGACGGCUGGUCCAUCGGCCUCCUUUGGCUACUGUUCCACUUUUACUGGACGUCGCACUUCUUUAAGACGCUCAUCUCUGUCGUGGUGUCCGGCACGGUCAUGUACUGGUACCACCACUGGGGUGACGACCAGCCCGAGUCGCCCACCGUGCCCAUGGUGCUCACGUCGCCUCGGUCGUCGCUUCGAACGGCAUCGAUCGAGAUGGAGCCCAAGACGAACAACGCGCCAUCUGCCAACACAAUUGUCUUGCACUACACGCGCGUGGCCAUGACGUCGGUCUUUGGCUCGGUCUGCCUUGGCGCGCUUUGCAGUCCCAUCGCUCACUUUUUUUGGACCGUGUUGCGCAUGGCGAAGCGCGACGGCUCGUACCGCUGGCUUCGCGGCGUCGUGCUGCCGCUGGCACCGCGCAUCGAUGCGUUCACGCAGCUCUACCACAAGUACACGCUGAGCUACGUCGCGGCGUACUCGCAGUCGUUUUACGUGGCCGCUGCGGAGGUCUGGAGCCUCUUUGAGGAAUGCGGUAUCGAGGCCAUGGUCGACGACGACUUGACGAGCCGUCUCCUCUUGUUUGCUGCCAACAGUGGCGCCGGCUGCAUGGGCACGCUCGCCAGUCUCGUCCUCUUUGGCUCCCACUUGCAAGUGUACGGCACCGUGCUCAGCUUCGUCGUUGGCUACUCGGUGAGCUCGACUGCAACCGCGAUGCUCAAUACUGCGGUCAAGACGCUCUUUGUGUGCUUUGCACAGAACCCCGACCGUCUGAGCCAGCUCAACCCCAUCAUUUAUCACCGCUACGUCCGCCUCUCGGAACUCAAAAACUUCAAGGAGCGCCGGUAGAUGCGACUAGCAAUAGGUCGUUGAUCGCGAACCAAGAUCUAGUUUGUCUUGCCAACGAAGAGCAUCUUAAUGAGGAUUGUGUCGCGUUGCGGUUG